AUGUUGCUUCUCGCCGCGUUCCUUGUUUUAUUUACGGUUAUCUCCAUACCCACAUUGAUGUACGCUUUUGCAACAAAGUGUUCUCGUAACCCUUUCCAUCGACCUGGUGGCAGCUCCGAUGGGCUGGCCGGAGAGUUGACCACCAAGAAUAUGGGUUGGGUUUCUGAGGUGAAUUAUAUAAAGGAGACACAUGAAAAGGAGAAUGGCGGCGAAUGUCCGGUGUGCUUAUCGGCUUUUGUUGAAGGGGAACAGAUAAGGCGGUUGAAGGAAUGCAAGCACUGUUUUCACGUUGCGUGUAUUGAUAUGUGGCUCUAUUCUCACUCCAGCUGUCCUGUUUGUCGCGCUUCAAUCGCCAUCAAGCGGUUUAAACGGCCGGUGGUAGACGAGGAGAAAGAUCUCUGGCAAGAUUUGCCGGUUUCUGACAGCUUGGUUUGA